UCUGCCCGGCUGAAAACUCGGUGCCGCGGCGGAUGCGGCGGCUCUCGGGAGCGCGGCGGCGGCAGCAGCAGCGAAGAUGGUGGCGGCUCCGUGCGCCCGGCGGCUGGCGCGGCGCUCCCGCUCGGCGCUGGUGGCGGCGCUCACCGUGCUGCUCCUGCAGACCCUCCUCGUCUGGAAUUUCUCCUCCCUCGACGCCGGCGAGGAGCAGCGCGGCGGCCGCGAGAAGCGAGACCGCGGCGGAGAGCAGCGGGGGCAGCCGCAGCGGCGCGGACCCGCCGCCCCGCACGGCAAGGCGCUGGAUGGCUAUUUUUCCCACCGACCGAAAGAGAAAAUGCGAACAGACAGCAAUAAUGAAAAUUCUGUCCCCAAGGACUUUGAAACUAUUGAUAACAGUAACUUUGUUCCCAGGACUCAGAGACAAAAACACCAGACUGAGCUGGUGAAAAAACCCCUUAGCAAACAAAAAGAGCACUUGAGAAAGAAGCUGGAAGAGGAGAAGAUGAAGGAGAACUUGCUGCUGGGGAAGAACUCCAACGAGGUGGUGCAGUUCAGCAAUCCCCUGGGAAAAAACAGCAGCAACAGCAACAACCUGAAGGACGUUGACAGGUUUCCCACAGAGCAGCUUAUACAGAAGCUUGAGAUGAGCUCCCCUGAGCUGAAAUACGACCAGCCCCCCAAGUGCGAGGUGACGGGCAAGGAGGCGAUCUCGGCCAUGUCCCGCGCCAAGUCCCAGCAGUGCCGCCAGGAGAUCGCGGACGUGUACUGCCAGCACAAGCUGGGCAAGCUGAUGCCGGAGCAGGUGACACGCUUCUGUGCCCUGGAGGGAAAGGCCAACAACAAUGUUCAGUGGGAUGAGGACUCCGUAGAGUACAUGCCAGCCAACCCAGUCAGGAUCGCAUUUGUCUUGGUUGUUCAUGGCAGAGCUUCCCGGCAGCUCCAGCGCAUGUUUAAGGCUAUUUACCAUAAAGACCAUUUUUAUUACAUUCAUGUUGACAAGCGAUCCAAUUACUUGCACCGGCAAGUGCUGCAGUUUGCCAGCCAGUACCCAAACGUGAGAGUCACCUCCUGGAGAAUGGCCACCAUCUGGGGAGGAGCAAGCCUUCUGACCACCUACCUGCAGACCAUGAAGGACCUAAUGGAGAUGAGUGACUGGCCCUGGGAUUUCUUCAUCAACCUCAGCGCUGCUGACUACCCAAUCAGGACAAACGAUCAGCUCGUGGCAUUCCUGUCCAGAUACCGAGACAUGAACUUCUUGAAAUCCCAUGGCAGGGACAAUGCAAGGUUUAUCAGAAAGCAGGGGCUGGACCGGCUGUUCCUGGAGUGCGACACGCACAUGUGGCGCCUGGGGGACCGCAAGAUCCCAGAAGGAAUCACCGUGGAUGGGGGCUCAGACUGGUUCCUCCUCAACAGAAAGUUUGUGGAAUAUGUCACUUUUUCCAAUGAUGACCUGGUGACAAAGAUGAAGAGGUUUUACUCCUACACGCUGCUUCCUGCCGAGUCCUUCUUUCACACCGUGCUGGAGAACAGCCCGUUCUGUGACUCCAUGGUGGACAACAACCUGCGCAUCACCAACUGGAACAGGAAGCUGGGCUGCAAGUGCCAGUACAAGCACAUCGUUGACUGGUGUGGCUGCUCACCCAAUGACUUCAAACCAGCAGACUUCCACCGCUUCCAGCAGACUGCCAGGCCAACUUUCUUUGCCCGCAAGUUUGAGGCGGUGGUGAACCAGGAGAUCAUUGGGCAGCUGGACUAUUUCCUGUACGGGAAUUACCCGCCAGGCACGCCGGGGCUGCGCUCCUACUGGGAGAACGUGUACGAGGAGCCCGACGGGCCGGGCGCCCUCAGCGACGUGGCCCUCACCAUGUUCCACUCCUUCUCCCGCCUGGGCCUGCGCAGGGCCGAGAGCUCCUUCCACGCUGCUGGGGACAACAGCUGCAGAUACUACCCCAUGGGCCAUCCAGUUUCCAUCCACCUUUACUUCCUUGCUGACCGUUUCCAAGGCUUCCUGAUCAGGCACCACGCAACCAACCUGGCUGUCAGUAAACUGGAAACUUUGGAAACCUGGGUGAUGCCCAAGAAAGUCUUCAAGAUUGCAAGUCCACCGAGUGAUUUUGGGAGGCUGCAGUUCACAGAGAUUGGCACUGAGUGGGAUGCCAAGGAAAGGCUUUUCAGGAAUUUUGGAGGACUCCUUGGGCCAACAGAUGAGCCAGUGGGGAUGCAGAAGUGGGGGAAAGGCCCCAAUGUCACCGUGACUGUCAUUUGGGUGGAUCCCAUCAAUGUAAUUGCAGCAACAUAUGAUAUUCUUAUUGAAUCCAGUGCUGAGUUUACUCACUACAAACCACCUCUGAAUUUGCCCCUGCGACCUGGUGUCUGGACAAUAAAAAUUCUGCACCACUGGGUACAGGUAGCUGAAACCAAAUUCCUCGUUACUCCUCUCACCUUCUCAAAUCAGCAGCCUAUCAAACAAGAGGAAGCCAUCAAGCUGCACAGCGGGCCUCCAAAGAAUGCGUACAUGGAGCAGAGCUUCCAGGGCCUGAACCCGGUGCUGAACCUCCCGGUGAGCGCCGCCCGCGCCGACCAGGCCCAGCGCAACGCGGGGCUCGUGGGCGCCCGCCUGGACGCCUGGGUGGACUCGCUGGUCAGCGGCGUGUGGUCGGCCGUGGACGUGUGCAGCGUGGGGCCCUCGGCCUGCCCCGUGCUGCAGGGCUGUGCCCAGACCGCCUGGAGCUCCCUCAGCCCCGACCCCAAGUCCGAGCUGGGCCCUGUCAAACCCGACGGCCGCCUGAGGUAGCGUCCGCUGCGCUCCAUCCCAGCGUAGGUUUUUAAAAGGGAAUUGAACCUUGCUUCUCUGUGAAUCUCACACCAGGUCUCAGAAACCUAAGGGGAAGUUACAUUUUUUUUGUUACUUGUUGUAAUAGAAUUCAUUUUAAGAAAACAAAAUCAAAACAAACAAAAAAAAAGUUCUGAAGUUCUGACAAGGCCUUUGGCACUG